AAUUCAAUCACAAUCAAUUCAAACGAAAGCAAUACAAAUUAUUCAUUGAAAUUAUCAUUUGGGGUUCAGUUUUUUUGAGCUAAAAAAUGGAGAAGAAGGGUGCUGGAGGAAGAAAAGGUGGUGGUCCAAAGAAGAAGUCAGUUACAAGAUCUGUUAAGGCUGGAUUACAGUUUCCGGUGGGUAGAAUUGGGAGGUAUUUGAAAAAGGGUCGUUAUUCUCAGCGAGUUGGAAGUGGUGCACCUGUUUAUCUUGCUGCUGUGCUUGAGUACCUUGCUGCUGAGGUUUUGGAAUUGGCUGGAAAUGCAGCGAGAGACAAUAAGAAGAACAGAAUUAUACCAAGGCAUGUUUUGUUAGCUGUGAGGAAUGAUGAAGAACUUGGAAAGCUUCUAGCUGGUGUAACCAUUGCUCAUGGAGGUGUUCUUCCUAACAUCAAUCCAAUUCUUCUGCCUAAGAAAUCUGAUAAAGUUGGAAAAGAAUCUACUAAAUCACCAUCUAAGGCUACCAAAUCACCACGAAAGGCUUAAAUUUGUGAAGAGCAACACUUCUCGUAAUGGACACUCUACCAAAGUUGCAUGAUUUAGGAUUUUAUGACUUGUGUUUGUUCAAAUAAUCUGUCAAUGUACGUAGGUUUUGGUAUCUAUUUUCUGUUUGUAGUAAGGCUUAAAAGUACUUGUUUUAUGUUUUGUAAAACAAAUCAUUUGCAGUUUUAUCAAUUAUUACUUCAAUGG